AUGUCGUCCGCAUCAUUCCCAGUCAAGAAGGCGGUCACCCAAGAGAUGGCGGAUGGCAGUGGUCCAUCCAAAGCCUCGGAGCGGGAAUUGCGCGUGGUUGCCAGGAAGGCUGUCAAUCGAGCCACCAAGACCGCUACUGUUCUUUUCCAGAGACUCGACGUCUUCAUACUUCUUCUCGGCAAGCUCAAGGUCGUCCAGCGCCCCUUGAGCGUCAAAAACACCCCAGAGAUCUGGAGAGCCCAUUGGGAAGAGCUUAGAGAUGCCGUCAUAGAGAUCUACGAUCUAGCUGACAGGAUGCUCGAGCUGGCCUUACAAGCCGAGGAGCACGUCUCUACGGCAACGCAUGAGGCACUCAUGAUGCAUACCAAUGUCUUUCGCCGGGGCAUAAGCGACCUUGUUCCUCAACAGCUGCACGAUGAUUUAGUCGGCAAGGGCAAAGAUGUGGCCAAGUCCGACUAG